AUGGAGCAGAAGCUGGCAGAGUUCAGAGCCAGACGACAGGCUGAAAGCACCGUGAAGAAGAGUGCUGAUCCGCCGUGCAGAGCACAGGCAGAGGCGGACACAGAUGCUCAGACUCACACAACAUCAACUACUGACAGUCUGCAAACAGAAGAGACGGAAAAUACCACAGCUACAACUCAGAGCCCCCAGAGGAAGGACCGCAGUGACUGGCUGCUGGACAGCGCUCUGGGAAGAUGGCUGGCCUCGAGACAAAUUGUCCUCUCAAACGUUAUUUUGCUCAAACUGCUGCUGUGGCUGGUGCUGCUCGGUCUGUUUGUCGAACUGGAGUUCGGGCUGCCUUUCUUCGUCAUCUCGCUCUUCUACUGGCUCUAUGAGGGACUCCGUAGCCCUGCUGCUCGCGAGCCUGGAGAACUGAGCGCUUAUUCUGUCUUCAACCCGGACUGUCAGCCUCUGCUGGGCUCUCUCACUGCAGAGCAGCUGGAGGGAGAGAUGGGUUACAGACCUCUGGCUAACAGAUGAAGCAACUGUGAUUUGCACACUUAUAUUAAAUAUCAACACCCUGUUGUCCUUUGAAAAAUGUUAAUUAUAUUCAGGAAAAUACAGGGACGUACAAUAAUGGUUUCAGUAAAUAUUUGUUACGUAGUACACAAUAUAAUGGGUGACCUUUUCCUCAAAAUCUGUCUCUUAUUUAAAACUUUUACUUCAAUCUCCUCUAGUAAUUAGCAAGGGUGCACUGGAAAAUGUUGGAAUGGUAUUUAGGAGUGAACUGGGGAGAAACAACAGCUCAGCCUGAGUCAGAUAUACUAAAAGCAUAAGGGACAAACUGCCUUUAAUUCAUAUGAGAAAAAUGUUGUUUACUUGAACUAAACAGUUUUCCAAGUUUAAUAAAGAACUCUCAUGCAACAA